AUGGCCGGGAGACGAUGGGACGCUUGGUGGCUGGGCGGUGGCGGGGCGCGGGGUGGCCGGGUGGCGGCGGGGAACGGGGUGGCCGGGCGACGGCAGGGCGCGGGGUGGCCGGGCGACGACGGGGACGAGCUCCCACCCGCACCGCCGCCUGCAACCAUCCGAACCCCAGCUGUCUGCAGCCCUGAACUUCCUCUCGACCCUCCCGAUCUGUGCCACUUGCGUCGCCGUGUCGCAGCGCAUCCCAGCCCGCGCGACCUGCGCCGGUGCGCGUCGCCGCACCUCCUGCCGUCACGCCAUCGUCACACGUCCUCCCUAGCCACCGUGCGGCCCCGCGCCACCAGCAAUCCACCUUCCCUCACACCGGACUGGAUCCGGCGAGGUCAACGCUCCCUGACACGCCUCCACUGCAGCCAACCACCACUCGCCUCCGUCGAUUUGGCUGCUAUCUCCCGCCGCCAGCCUUUAUCCCCUCGUGGCUGUCCCCGGCGAGGCUCCCCCGCCACCAACACUGCCCCUCCUAGCUUCUCCCCCGUCUCCUUCCAUCUUCCACUGCGCGUGAAGGACGCCGUGGCAGGGAACGUGUGGCCAUCCGGUCGCGAGAGAUGUGUGGAGCGCUGCAGUCCGCUCGUCGUUGACCCCGUGUUUGCCAACGGCCGAGAUUAUUGUUGCGUGUGGACUGCAGCGACGACCGAAUCCGACCUUCACCAGCAUCACCAUUCUUCCUUCUCCUGUUCACCAACGUGCACCGCCAUCCGCUUGUGACGUUCCACCCGCUAAUGUAAAAGACAAAAAGAUUUGUACAGGAGAUGUUAAUGUAGUACUGCUCAUGGGCAAAAGUUUAUCAAAGUUCUCACAAUUUUUUUUUGUAAAAAGUAUAGAAAUUCAUGGAAGUUCGAUUUGUGUAUGCUUGUGAGACCGAAACCUUUUUCAGUUGUCAUCCAAAAAA